CAACCUUGCCCAAAGAUCUAUUUUCAUUCCAAAGAUCUUUUUUCUUUCAUUGGAUUCCUCUGCAGACUGCAUUACUCCAUUUUUUUCUCACUCCAUUACAUCAUUGGAUUCCUCUGCAUUAUCUUUCCCUCUCUACUCCAUCAUUCAUUUGUUUAAAAUCUCAUUUCACAGUCCACAGACUGCCACACCUUUCUUUGUUCCUCUCUUACCUUCUUCCUCUUUCUCCCUUAAGACCCAAAUAACACAUUCCUCUUUCUUCCUCUUUUUCCUCUUUCUAGUCAUCUGAAUCAAUGGCACCUAAAGCAUCAAAGGCCGACAAGAAGAUCGGGUACGAUCAGAAGCUGUGCCAACUUCUAGAUGAGUUCAACCAGAUCUUGGUAGCAGCUGCUGACAACGUUGGGUCGAAACAGUUGCAGCAGAUACGUCAGGGUCUUCGUGGUGAUUCUGUGGUUCCGAUGGGUAAGAACACCAUGAUGAAGAGGUCCAUCAGGAUUCAUGCUGAGAACACUGGCAACAUGACAUUUCUCAAUCUGAUCCCUCUACUUGGUGGCAAUGUUGGGUUGAUCUUUACCAAGGGCGAUUUGAAGGAAGUGAGGGAAGAGGUCGCCAAGUACAAGGUUCAUUGGCCAAAAUGGAACAAGAAUAAGGCCUUGUGGAAUCUUGAGCAACAAAAGGUGCCAAUACUGAAUUCUGGCAGCAGUAGAGCCUGGACUUUGCUUGCCAUUUUGACCUUCCAAACUCGAGAACUGGACUUCCCUCAUAACAUGAAAGAUUUAGAGCUCUGAAUCAGCUUUCCAAAUCUUCAAGUGGUUCAUCAUUCGGAGUUCGGAGCAGAGAGUUAUGAUCUUCACAACAGAGGUGCGCAGAACUGCCUAGCAGCACUGAUGUACUGCCUUUCUCCCCAUUUUCGACCAACCAGACUUGAGAAUUGGGUCUUCAUCAAAACAUGAAGUUUUUAAAGCACUGAAUCAGCUCUCCAAAUCUUCAAACAGAUCGUCAUUCGGAGUUCGGGGCACAAAGUUAUAGCAGUUUUCCCAAAAUAGGUCAGCGCUGAGCAAGAGGAGCAUGUUGCACAUUGCACUAAGUUAGAGUGCUCGAGAUCACCAAGCGUGUGCUCGAAAAUCAGGCAGAAUGCCCUUCGGAAAUGGCUCAUUUCAGCCCACUUGCACAUUGGUUUCCUCAAUGCCAUCUUCCUUCUUUAUGAAGUGGUUGGAGGUGUUCCUUGGAGGAGAGAGGGUAUUGUUGGAGCAUAAAAGGCUACCCAAAGGCCACAUAUAUCAUCAAGCUUCAUCUUUAGCAAGAUAGAGGAGAGAGAAGAGAGCAAGGAGAAGGGUGUUCUUGAGUGCUACAGUAGGAGCUCGAACAUGGAGAUGAGGAUGAUGCUUCUUCCUUCUUCUAGCUCACCAAUGGGCAACUAAACCUCAUCUAGGGAGGUGAUGAAACCCCUCCCUUGUAAGCAUGUGUUAGUAUAGUUUAUUUUUGGGGAUUACAAUGUAUUUUUGAUAGUCUUUCCAUGGUCAAGAGCCUCAUUUUUGUUGUAAUGAAUGU